AUGGUCGUAGUGGUCGCUCACUUGCUCGCAGGUGAGACUACGCCUAGCGUCCACUUGCUGGCACUCAACUCUCACCUGUGGCUCCACGUAGCUGGGCUCUGGUCAGCGGCCACACCCCGGGCAACCGCCUCGACCGGCGGGCUAAACCAGGUGAGGGCGGUUACUCCCUGUGCGCGUUGUGCCGCGUGCACAGGUGACUGCGGACUCCGUGGACGGUGGGUCGGAUGGGGUACCGCGUCGGCGCCGUCGUGACAAGGCUCUGUCUGGCACACCGCUGGUCAGCCGGUUGGUGGUGGAACUUCGCAUCGGCAUCGUCGAGACGAGGCUCCGCCUGGUACGCCGUUGAUCAGACGGUGGGAUGGAUCACCGAAUUGGCACCGUUGACACGCGCCCAUCUGGUGCACCGUAGGAGACCGCAGGCUUGCGGCAAUGCCGUAAGCCAUUGGCAAAUUCGAGUCGUUCUUCCACUGCCAAAAAAACUCGUGGCCCACAGGGGAGUUCGGCAGCGCCGGCACAUCAAGCAGCCGCUAUUCAGGGGUCAGGGCACUGCUUCCUUCGGGGGGGCCUGGAAAUGCUGGCCUAAAAAUUGCUGGGGAACCACGUCGUCUGCUGGCGCACCGUGGUCGCAGACGCAAAACUCACGGUCGAAACAAUCAAACUCGAAACAACAACAACAACAACAACAACAACAACAACAACAACAACAACAACAACAACAACAACAACAACCAUACUCAUUCUCCUCAUCCUACCUCUUCUUCCUUUACCUCCGUCUAUUCUUCUGCCUAUACUUCUCCUUCGUCACCUUCUUCUUCAUCUCAUUCCUGUCGCCCCACUCGUUUUCCCCAGACUGACAGAGUGAGUCCGCUCACUCUGGCAGCCUGGAAUGUUCGUUCCCUUUUAGACAAUCCGAGGAGCAACCGGCCGGAACGGAGGACGGCGCUAGUGGCUCGGGGACUGGCGCGCUACAAGGUGAACAUAACCGCACUCAGCGAGACCCGAUUCUCCGAACAAGGCCAACUGGAGGAGGUGGGUGCCGGCUACACCUUCUUCUGGAGUGGUCGACCCAAGGCAGAGCGACGAGACGCGGGUGUCUCCUUCGCCAUCCGGACCGACAUCGUGGGACGACUGACCAGUCUGCCGCAGGGAAUCAACGACCGCCUUAUGAGCAUCCGUCUGCCUCCCGGGGGGGAGGCAAAUUUGCCACCAUCAUCAGCGCCUACGCUCCUCCGAUGA